CCUGGUGUGGCACAUCCGUAUACAUUUGUAACUGAAUGAGAAUGACUGGGGCAGCUUUCAGUGCGACAACAGUUGGAGUUAUACAAAAUGGUUAAUUGGAUCUGCGCGAUUAGCCGGUAUCACACAGUGUGUGGUGAGAACGUUUCGGGUAUCGCUUAACCUCUCUCACUCCUUUACUUACCAAGUUCAGGCGAGUUUAACUGGACAGUAGGAUUAAUUUAAUCGUGGGAUAGGCUGGACAAUCUACCUGUCCGCAGCAUCACAAGCAUACAGAUAGUUGCAUCCCUGGCCAGACAUGAGACGGAUCAGCGUGUUGUGGUUGGCGGUUGUUUUGUCAGCAGCACCCUGUACAGCGGAUGUAACCGCAGAUUUCAACCAAAUCGUCAACGACUUCUGGGAAUGGCGCCUUGAGAAUUAUCCCGAAUUUGCGACAUCUAUCGGCGAGAAUAAGUACAACGAUCGCCUGACCUCUUACAACAUCAGCACAUAUAAUGAGAGGAAGGCCAUGGUGGAUGCUAGUCUUGACAAGCUCAGCAAAAUAGACUCCAAGUCUUUGGCCAAGGCGGAUCAGCUUAAUUUGCUAUAUUUAAGGACGCCCUCGACACUUAUUCCAGUGGAUAUGAUUGGUUCGAAUACGGUACUCUAAAUCCAGUGAACUUCCUGGAUGGAUUUCAAACAGACCAAGUUACAUGGCGUCCAUCUUGCCAUUUAAGACGGAGAACGACUACAACAACUACUUAAAGAGAUUGGAGCAGAUUCAGACCAGGCUAGCAGAGCAGACAGAUUUGUUCCGUAGAGCGAUAGCCUUGAACAGAACGCUGAACAGGGUUUCUGUGAGUCGAGUUCCAGGUCAAAUUGAAAAGUUCCUUACUGAUGACGUCAUUCAGUUUUCCUUAUUUGGACCGUUCAACGAGACAUUGGAUAAUCUUACUCUCUCUGAAGAAAAGAAAAAUGAAUUAAGAGGCCGUGCAGUAGUCGUGCUUAUCAACAACGUUAUGAAUCCUUACCGGGAGUUUAAAACCUUCCUGGAAAACGAAUACAUACCAGCAACCCGUGCUGGAUGGGGUGUUAGUUCUUGGCACAGAGGUCAGGAGUACUAUAAGGCAUGUUUGAAAUGGCAUCUAUCAGAAGACAAGACCGCUGAAGAAAUCCAUGAACUUGGCCUUCAGGAAGUGUCUCGUAUAAGCGGACAGAUGUUAAAGAUCAUACGUGGAAAAGAUUUCAACGGAACCAUUAGGGAAUACUUUCAGCUCCUGAAGGCAGACCCACAGUUUAAACUGAGUUCAGGGGAGGCGAUACUUGAAGAAUACAAGAGCAUUGUCUAUAACAGAGUCAACAAAAAACUGAAGGAUUAUUUUGAGAAUAUACCCAACUUACCUCUAGAGAUAAAGCCCAUGCCGUAUGAUGGUCCAGGGGGAGCCUACUCGCCAGGAUCUGCGGAUGGAUCCCGCCCUGGUAUCUUCUGGGUAAAUGUCCUCAGACCAAACGCUACAAAUACAUUUGACAUGAUGGCCUUGACCUUGCAUGAAGCAAACCCGGGGCACCAUAUGCAGAUUAGCGCCAGUUUGCUCUUGGAUCAGCCCAAUUUCCGAAAGUAUCGCUUAGGUUCUCGUCGAUUCAAGAUACCGUUUAGCUUUCCCAGUUACACGUCGUACACCGAGGGCUGGGGACUCUACUCUGAAUACCUGGGCGAGGAGAUGGAACUGUACAAGGAUGAAUACGAACUACUGGGUCGAUAUGCUGGAGAGAUCUACCGUGCUUGCAGAUUAGUGGUGGACACUGGACUCCAUUCUCUAGGCUGGGAAAGAGAAGAAGCCAUACAGUACAUGUUAAACUACACGUCAUCGGACCGUCCUGACAUCGAGGUGGAGAUCGACAGAUACAUCACGUGGCCUGGACAGGCAUGCGCAUACAAGUACGGCGAGAUAAAAAUACUGGAACUACGUCGAAAAGCUCAACUGGAACUAGGUGACAAGUUUAAUCUGAAGCAAUUCCACGACGUAAUCCUUGGGUUGGCCGCUGUCCCUCUCCAGGUGAUGGAGGAUGCGGUGGACGAGAUGAUUCAACACGUGAAAGACGCGCAGAAACAGCCAAGUUCUGUGAGCCGAACCCAAGCUGAGUGGAUAGCACUCUCGUUUGCUCUCAUUAUUGCGCUCGCCAUUGGUGCAUAAGUCAACCAGUCAGCGAUAAGUGCUUGUAUACUUCCGCUUUAAUUCACUUGUCACUUCCGGUCCCUGUUUCCAUAGCAUCCGUUUAAACUCUUGCAAUAUGGAGAAACCCAACAUUUUGAAUACAUGACGAAAAUUGACAGUUACUCCACCAGUAUGACGAAUAUAAUCAUUUGGUUUAAGCGUCUACUAUGUCAGUAACUUUGUCCAGUACAUGAGCCUCUGAAAAAACUCAAACAUUCAGCCUGGAGAUCUGAGUCGCACCCGAAAACUGACUGGUGGGUAGUUCGUCUACCACGCCAUAUCUGAUACUGUUCAAGGGUAUCCAAGAUCUAGAUUUCGUAAAGUAUUUUUCGUUUUAAAAGGCUUUAAGUAUGCAUAUAUUUUUGUAAAGCAUUUUCCGUCAAACAACAAUGUUGGUCGCCGUCGUAUAAGUUAAAUAUUCUUCAGUACGGCGUAAGAAUUUAAUCAUACACAUAAAUAAAUGUAAAUAUUUUAGACACAUUUUGUUUCUUGGGAGGGGAGAUUUGCAGACAGAAUAAUUUGCUCUCACAUCGUAAACAUUUUGGUUUGCUAAAUAUAUUAUCAGCAACUUUAGCCUGUUGUCGGAAGGCUUUAGCAUAAGACACCUAAUUUACAAGUGAACUUCCACAUUCAAAAAUAAGAAUUUUUUCUCUCUAAAAACGUUUAACUUUGGGCACUACUUCUGCUGAUGUUUCUUUUUUUCUGUGAUCAAACUUUGUUCUGUUUUUUUUAGUUAAUUUCCUUAAAUGUGGAUGAAUGUUGUGUUUUGUUGCUUAACUUAGGGUUCUACAUAUUAGGCUUUUCCCUUAGCUGUUGGAUAAAUUUUGUGUUUAUUUUGAUAAAUUUUCUGCCCCAUACAUCAGCGCAUUCCCUUAAAAGUGGAGCAUCUUUGUGUUCUGUAGAUCACCAUUUUCCUCUGUAUUAUAAUAUUCCGACCCAACCGUACACUAUAAACAGAGAUCAUUUCAGUACCAUAUCAUAGUUAACUGGCUAUCAGCCAGAUAUAUUUAUGACACAUGGUAUCCUUACAUAUAACAGAAAUUACCGCUUCCAAAACAUUACACAUUAACCGGUCUUUUGAUCAUGGAGAUGACCUUGGCCUUUGUUGCUAGGCGACCACGUGAUCUAUUAUCUUAAAAGCGGAAGCCACAUCCAUGUAGGCAAGUGGCUAUUGUACAUUUAUAUUGUUCGUCGUGAAUAUUAAGACUGUAGAAUGUCUAAAGAUUACUGGCUGUGAUAUUUGGGUGGUAAAUUUUGAUUUCGUGUCAAAUUCUAAAUUAAGUUGUCUACAUUUGCGCAUAGGGGUUAAUUGUCCACAAUUCUUCCCUUUUUCGCAUGUUUGUUUGUCUCAACCAUUCAAACCUUAUAGGAUCUAUAUAAAUAUUCAUGAGAAGAUAGCAUAACGUCUAAGCCAAUCGAGAAACGCGUUAAGCUCGGCGGCUUUGAGAAAUUGUUUUAUGACACACAUUUUGGCCUAUUAAACUUUACCAUUAGUUGGCUAAAAAGAGGAAUAGUGAGAUGUAUACUAUAUAUACCGGGGUCGGUCAAGCAAAGAAAAAAAUGACUCAAGAAACUUAAAAUGACUCAAGAAACUUAUAUCGCCUCACACUAUUUUUAAGCACCCCUAUACGAGUAGACCUUCUCAAAAAUUAAAAGCAAGAGCCGUGGCGAGAUGGAAAAAUCAAUUCCCAGGAAGGUUACUUCCUGAAAUUUUGUAGCCCUUUGCUUCACCUACAGCGCUAGUUGCAGAUUGGACUUUGAUUGCAAUCGAACAGGAAGAGCAAAGUUUUAAAAAAUGACAAGCCCGCUAUCCUUUCACACGUAAUAAAUCCACCAUGACUUCCAUUCAUAUUAUUUCAUACCACUUUUCUGUUGUUUUGAAUGGACCAUUUAACUAUCUUCCCAAAUAUUUAUGUAAAUGAAUACGAGUGAAAUAUGAUAUAUGUGAAGAUGUGAACACAUUUACAUCUGUACAAAAAUAAAAGCCAUGGGUCAACAUUGAGU